GAUGGGUUGCCGCCGCCACUGCUGCUCGAUCGUGGCCUUGCCUGGGCGGAAUGCGGCGGCCGUGCGGUGUCGGAGGGGGGCGGCGGCGGAGCAAAAAACGAGGCGCAGCCAGCUAGCUGCUGGAGCGGAGCGGCGGGUGCUUCUCUGCGCGGCGCGGCGCAGCACCACCAUCCUCCUCCGCCGCCCGCCCUCCCGCGCCGCAGUGGAGAUCGCCUGGAUGGACCUGGCAGGUGGGCCCGUUGGCCUUUGGUGGGUUGGCUACCCUGUGCCCGGCCCGGCCCGGUCUGCCAGGUCCAGGAGCCUUGAAAUGCCCCCGCCCUCCCGCCAGAGCAACGGUCGCAACGAAUUCUGCUCUCGUCUUCCCCCCGCAGAAGCGCCAAGAAACCAAGAAAUCGGAAUCGCUCGCCGCCGCCGGCCGGCCGUCCGCCGCCUCAGGCCGUGAUGGGGCCCUUCGCCGACGGGCUCACCGCGCGGCUGCGCAGCCGCCCGUACCUCCACGUGGACGAGGGCCGGCGGGCCGUUUCCCUGCCCCCGCGCGCCCGCGUCACCCGGGUUGCACCUUGGGCCGCGCACCACCUCGUGCGCUACGUCACCGCUCGCGCACGAUUCGUCCCGCUGUCGCCCGGCCGCCGCCCCGCCGCGAGCGGCCGCGGCGCCACGCACCAGGACGACGCCGUCCUGGAUGCCUUCAUGGAGGGGGAGCGGGACGGGGACGACGAAGACGUCCUCCUGCGCCUCGGGAGGUGCCCCCCCGGGCCACACACAUGCCGGCGACCGUCUGUACUACGACGACCGGACCUGGAACAUCCAUCGGAUUGAGUUCAAUGAAUGGUCCGUGUCCAACCUAAGGACAGAGCUGUCGCGCCAUAUGGGACAUGCAUUCUUCGGCAGCACUCUCUGUCAGUGGCCAACCAUCUAUGAGCAGCUGACCCCUCUGGCCAUUGGGGAGCUCACGGGGACCUCUGUCCUCACUAUUGAGCUUCCAGAUUGACAAGGAUGAUAGGCAGCAAUGCCUCCUGAGGGCCUGGAGGCGCUGGGCUGCCAAUAAGAACAAUGAUAUGACAGUAUUCAGGUGCGAUUUCUCCAAGCUUGGGAAGCCCAUUGGACCUGUGAUACGGCACAACUCCUGGGAAGCCUACAUGGGGUUUCCAAUGGUGCAGACCGUUCCAAGUAAGAUAUGC